ACUUCAGUGUAUUCUUCGCCAAAUAAGAAAUACACUUCGAAAGAGGCCUUGUCCUCAAAGUCAGAAAUACUUCUAAAAAAAGAUUUUAGUUAUCAAUUUCCGAAAGAAAUAAUAUCAAAGAAAGAACUUAAGCGUUUGCAAACUUCAGCAGAACUGAUUCAAGAAACUCAAAAUAUGUUAAAUGUGAGAGAAGAAGAAAAGAAACAAAAAACUGAAAUUGAACGUACGAGGAAGUUACUUGAACAAGAAAUAAAAAAACAAGCUCGUGAUGAGAAAAAGAGGCUCCAAGAAGAGAAAAGAAAAGAAGAAGAAGAACAAAAACGUAUAGCAGAAGAAGAAAGAAAGAAAAUUGCAGAAGAAAACCGAAGACUUGAAGAGGAAAGAAAGAUAGAGGAAGAAAGACUAAAAGCUAAAGCUGAAAAAAAGAUAAAAGAAGAUGAUAAUGGUAAACUAAAAGAGAAAACGAAGACAGAGUUAACUGAGGAGGAAAAGAGAAAAGCUAAAGAAGAGAAAGAAAAAGCGAAAGAAGAGAAAGAAAAAACGAAAGAAGAGAGAAAAAAAGCUUUAGAAGAAAAACGUAAAGAAAAAGAGGAAUCUCGAGAAAAGGCUAAAUCAGAAAAUGUAGAUAAAGAAAAAGAAAAAGCCGAUAAAGAAGCUGAUAAAUUGAAGAAGCAAAAAGAAAAAGAAAUUCAGUUAAGAAUGCAAAAAGAAGAAAAGCAAAAAGAAAAAGAAGAAAAAGAGCGUCUAAAAAAAGAAAAAGACGAACAAUUGCGCGCUGAAAAAGCCCGACUACAAGGAGAAAAGGAAGAAGAACAAAAAAAUAAACAAUCGACACCAAAAAAGGGGAAAAGUGAUGAUGAUAAAAAAAGUAUGCCCGAAUCAAAACAGCCAAAUAUUGAAACACCAAAAGAACAACAGAAAGAAAAGAACGGAGCAACUGCAGAGGAUUUUAAAAAAAUACGAAAUGAUUUUAAUAACAAAGAUGAAGCUUUAAAAAGAAAAAAAGAAGCCCAAUUGGAAAAGAGUGCCCGCGAUGAAGCUGAUAAAAAAGAAAAAGAGAUUGAGAAACAGGGAAAAAUACAUGGAAAGGAAGCUAAGGCUGUGGUUAAGCCCGAACUGGUAAAAGACAUUAUCAAGACUGAUGAAAAAAAGGAUAAGCCUACUAUUAAAGAAUUAGACAUUAAACAAAUAAAGGUGCGUAAGCCAUCGUACGAUGAUUUGAUCUUAAGACUAGUUAAACUAAAACAAAGUGAACCACGAGAAAGAAUAAAACAAAAAAUUUUACCCGUAUUGGAUGUUCCGGUGGUGGCCCGCGAACAUAAAAAACAUAAAUACACUAAAACGUCAAAAUGCAUAAUGUGUAUUGAUUCUGAGUUUGAACUUGAUGUUGAAAGUAUUUUAAUGAAACCUGAUCUACCUGAUGAAACCAUGAAAGAUAUUAUAAUCGGACAGAAAAUAUUCAAGUAUAAACCGCCUUUAAUCGAUAAAGAAGACAAAUCAAUAAUCAUGCCUUCAUUGUUUCAAACAACUUUUCAAGCUGAAUCACCAAUAGUAAUUAAGAAAGAACCUGAAGUUGUUGGUAAGGAUGAAACUGAACAUAAACCCGCCAUUUCAGUACCUGCUAAAACUCAGAAAUUGGCUGAACAAGAUGCUCCAAAAGGAAUUAUUCGCUAUGCUUUAUCUGAUCGAGCAUUUAUUGAAAAAGGCUGGACAAUGCUACCUACGGAAAAAGUUGUUAGAAAAAUGAAUGUCUACCGCAUGCGACCAGCGCACCCUGAGUUUGAUUGGUUUGAACAUAACAAGAAAAAAAAACUGAUGCUGUAUGAUACCGGUGAAAAGUUGGCUGAUUUUGAUGAUAAAGGUCGCAGUCGUCUCUAUUAUAGAAACGGUCGACUCGCUCUUGACUAUUACGAUGCAGAAGAAAUAAAUGCACAACAAAGAUUUGUUGUGUUUAGUAGUGGUGAACUUGACGAGCGUGGUCGGACGCAUCCUAUAACAAUAUUGGCCACUUUCGAUUACCUGGGAAACGGAAUAGUUUUUGAUCAUGGUGGAAAAAUUAGGCUCAAAUAUAAUCAAACUGAAGGUGUUGUAUUAGAUCGAGGUAUUGGUCCUGUGUCUCACUGGAAAUGGCAUACUUUGAAUGAUCCACCAGUAUUGCAGAAAGUUAUGAUAGAUACCCAAAUGGCCCACAAAGAUCCAGACAUUUUUAAAAUGGGUGGAGCGGCUGAUGAUAAAUCUCGACCUGAUAAUGAAGAAAUGCUUGCAAUUGAGUUCGAUAACUUUAUUAAAGAGAAGAGCAAAAAAUUAACACAAACCUUCAAGCCUUUUCAAAUUAAAAUGAAAGCAUUGAAGAUCAAUGACAAUUUUUCUUUAAAAAUUUUGGAUCAGGCUACUAUUUAUCUCAUAUUUAGAGAUGGUACAACAAACGUAAAACUUAAUCUCGGUAUGAUAUUAGAUCACAAAGAAAUCGUAGACACGGAUACCGCUGAAGUAGGUGAAGUAUCGAAUAAUCUGGAACGAUUUCCUGCUCGCACUGAAAGCCUCGCAGGGCUGCAACGAAGUGUGGCGUAUGCGCAACGCUUUGAAAGAGCUCGUAUAAAAAGGGAGCGCCGCUUACGACCCCCUGAACCAUGUACCAGUGCUGAUCAACUGACUGCAGCUGCUACACGACCCCUACGAUUUCCUCUUAGAACUGCGACUCCUAGUUCUACCACUAAUGCUAGCUCUUGUAAAUGUAGUAGAAAACCAUGUUCAAGCAAUGUGUAUUACGACACUCGUCUUAUUUAGAAUAAAUUUAUAUUUAUA